AUGUGUUGGUUUUUUAUUGUUAUAAGAUUGUUAAUAUUAAAAAUAUUACUAGCCGGUUUAACGGAUCUUACCACGGCUUCGCGUUACGAUUAUGGUUAUCAUCCUAGUGCCGAGGAGUUUGAUAAUCUGUUACGUGAAACGCGUCGUACUUGGACUCAUACAUUUCUAAAAGCCGAAAGAGAUCGUCUCUUAACGAGUCCUACGCCACGCCCUUAUAUAGCGCAGGCAUCGUCCCAGAAACAUCCGAUGCCUUUGCAAAAUAUUGGUUCUUCUUUGGAUUUUAAUUAUUUUAGCGAUGAAGUAGCACAAUCUGCCUUUAAUACACCCCAGUCAAUACAACAUUCCCUAAUAAGGCAACCGCCAGUACCUACCACCACUACAAAAUCUAUUAUGGAUAUUAAACCGUUUACUUCAGCUUUGCCCGAAAUAAAUUUGAAACCUAUAGCCAAACCGGAUAUUUUUAAUUCUAACAAAUAUUCUUUAAAUAAUCUGUAUAGAAACAAUAGUCAAGGACAUUUUCCUAUAUAUUUCACCAACCCCGCCACUGGCAUAGUUUAUGCCAUAACCGAGGUGGGCAAGUCUACAGAAAAUGUUACCAGAACUAAUGGCACCAUACCUAUAUUCAUAACUAAAGAACAAUAUGAACGAGAUAUAUUCCAGCUGAAAAAUGAAUAUGAACAAAAAUGUCAAAACUUUCAACACAGCACUACAACCAGACCACAAAUCAUAAAAAUACAAAAAUCACCUACUUCCAUACUUACAACGAAAUUUUCUCCUCCUACUUCUGCCAGCGCCACCAAUCCUUUAAAGAAACCCUCUCCGGUGGUGAUAAAGACCCAAUUAACUGUCAAAGACAAGAAAUCAACUACUGUUAGACCUUUAAGAAAGAAGAAAAAGAAAACAAAACUUAAGCGUAAAAUCAAAAAACAAAAUCCUCCGGGACGUAAAACUGUGGCCACAACAAUCAGACCUAUUUCACCCAAUCAUCCUCAAGGUCCGGCAAUUAUAAUGGGUUCUAGAACCACAACUAGGAAGCCUUUAACCAAUAAUGAUAAACUACCCACCCAAUUGGAAAAACCAAAUUUUGAUAAUAUAUUUUCCAGUGCUGUCUCGCCACAGACAGCAAGUCUUCCAGCAGGAUCAUUGAAUCCAAAUUUAUUUAUUAAUAAUCACAGAGUUAAUAAAAGAUCUGCUAAGGAAGAAUUGAGAAGUUUUGAAUUCAAGGAACUCAUUUUGAAAGAUCAGAAAGAACAAAUGGAUACGCAGUUAAAACCACCAACAUUAGCCACGAAAUCUACAAACAAAUCCUUGACCAUGACUGAUCUCUUGGUAAAAGAACAAGAGAUUAACAAUUCGGAAAAUCAUAAGUCGGAGAAAACUCUGGAUAACCCAGACGUUAAAGCAAGAGACCAAGUGUCAAAUAAACUAUCGAAUGAAACUCAAAGUGAAAAUUACGAUGAUGACGAAGAAGAGGAGGAUGAAGACGAGGAUGAUGAUGACGGUGAUGAUUACGAAGAUGAUGAAGAGGAGGAAGAUGAUAAAGAUAAUGGUGAAAUUUUGGCCUAUGAUUAUGAAGAAGUUGGGGUGCCGCACACCAGUGAGGUGAGUUUAUCAUUAGAGGAUUUAAGUGAGAAACCUACACAAGAAACCAGCAGUUCCCCGGAAGAGGAGGCUGAUAUAGGUGCCUUGGAAAUAGAGCGUGUGGAUAUUAAAACUCCUGUUUUAGAUUAUGAUAACACGGGCCCACUUAGUUUAAAAACCAAAUCUGCAUAUAUCAAAAAACGCAUACGCCGCAGACCGCCACAAUUUAAAAUCGAUGAUGACUAUGAGGACGAUGAUGAUGAAAAUAGUAUGUCGGCUAAUUUGGGAGGAUUUUUACGCAUGAUUUUCUAUCCCAUACAAGUAGUAAUGACCAGUGUUAUGGACUCGAUUGGGGGCAAAAAUGCGGACGAAGAAGAAGAUGAUCCCGCUUUCAAUCCCUAUACACAAUAUACUUCCUAUCAUAAUACUCUAAAACAACAUUCUAGUGAUGAAUAUGAUGAAGAUUAUGAUUCUAAUGAAUCUGCUGGUUCUUCUUUGGGUAGCUGGCUUAGUUCUUGGUUUGGUUUAAAUCGUCGUAAUAAGAAAAUUGGCAGUACCACAGUGGCACCCAUUAAAGUGAAACCUACAAAAUCGUCUACUAGUUGGUUGCCAUCAUGGUUGGGUUUUGGUGCAAACGAUAGAGUUUCCACGGAAGCAGCUUCUAACGAAGACUAUGAUGAAUAUGAUAAAUGGUUUGCCAGUUGGUUUGGUGAAACGAAACCAAAAGCCAGAAAAAGAACUACAACAACAACUUCAACUACCACCCAGAUACCACAUGUACCCAUAUUAACCAUUGUGGAUCCAAUGAAAAAUCCUCAAAAUUGGAUUGGUAUAUUGGCACAUCAUAUUAUCAAUCAUACCUCCACAUCCACAGCGAAUCCUUUAAAAGAUAUUUGGAAUCAAGUCACCAGUACAACGACGGAAAAUCCUGAAAUACCACGAAAAAUUUCAUAUGAUAAAUAUCAGAUAUGGAGACUCAAACCACAAGAUGAUAGCCAAGUGAAGGCUUUGGAGGAAUAUAAGAAAAGUGAGGAUGGCAUAAAGCUACAAUGGCUAAAGGGGCCCAGUUUAAGAGGUUUAACUGAUGUCUUGGUGCCACCUAAAAUGUUGGUGGAUUUUCAAGCUUCUCUUACAUUUGAACUUAUCGAUCAUGAGGUCUUGAUAUUCGACGUGGGCAAAGCUAUAGCUUAUGAAAAGACCAAAGAAGAUUAUUUCUUUACUACCACCCAAAAGCCUAAAAAACAUCUUAGUAAAACUCCCACCAUCUCCGGCAUGACUUGGCAUAAGUAUUACGAAUACGAUGAUAUUAUAAAAUUUCUGGAAACCAUGCGCAUGCGUUUUCCCCAUUUAGUGGAACUUAUACAUAUUGGUCGUUCUUAUGAGGGUAGACCUUUGAUUGUAAUGAAAAUCGAAAGUAAAGAGGCGGCCGCUGUAAAUACGGCGCAUUAUCCGGCACAUCAACGUAAUAAGUUAAGGCAUAAGAAACGUAUCGGUUUGGCAAAUGCUGUUUUCAUAGAAGCUGGUACACAUGGCAUGGAAUGGAUUGGUCCAGCAACUGCUACUUGGAUUAUUAACGAGCUGUUGAGGAUUAUGAAAAAAAAUAUUACCGACGACCAGAGUUUCAUACGCAACACUACCUGGUAUAUUAUGCCAGUUUUGAAUCCCGACGGUUAUGUUUACAGUCAUGAAUAUGAUCGUUUUUGGAAGAAAUCCAGAUCACGCCAUAUUUCUCGUCCUUCGGGUAUUUUAAAUUCAGCCAUGACUUGGUUGCAAAAGAAACGAACGAAAGAGAAGGUUUGUUUUGGCGUUGAUUUAGAUCGCAAUUGGCAUUAUCAAUGGGGUAAACGUGGCAGCUCAAAGACGCCUUGUAAUGAAUUCUAUGCUGGGCCUACACCAUUUUCAGAACCGGAAACAAAAGCUUUAUCGGAAUUUUUAAUGGAUUAUCGAACACAAAUUAAGCUUUUCGUUUCUAUGCAGGCUUAUGGUCAAAUUAUAAGUUAUCCCUAUAAGGCCAAUACCACCUACGAUUCUGAGCGUUUAGAUGAUCUAUUGGAUGUUGCCAUGGUGGGCACCGAUGGUUUGCGUAAAAAGGGCAGUAAAUCAAGAUAUAAAAUAGAUUCUUCUAAUGACUUAAUAGAAAAUAGAUCGGGCUGUUCGGAUGCUUUUGCCGCCUACGAAGCGGGCAUACCCUUUAGUUAUACUUUACAGUUGGCUGACAAUGGAGUGCAUGGUUACUUGCUGCCUAGUGCUUCAAUAGAAUCAACAGCUAAAGACUCGUUUGAAAUUAUUACAGGAAUGUUGGACUAUAUAUGAUAGUUGGGGAAAAUUUUUUAGGUAUUAAUGUUCUUUGUAUAUUUAUUUAGUUUUUUUGGUCUCAUUUUCGAAUUGUUUUUUAUCUAAUUUUUUUAAAUUUUAGAAACUUGUAAAAUAAUUUAAUUUAAUACAAAAUUCGUGAAAAAUUGUCACUUGAAAUAUGUUCUCUUUUCCCUUUAUUUCUUCGAGUAAAAAAUUUUCCAAAAAGAAGAAUUUUGUUAUCAACAAAAUAAACUAUUCUAAAAACUAUAUUCCAAAAACUAUUCAUUCGAAUAAUAUUCGUGAUCGAAAUUUUUUUCGUUUAAAUAUAAAAGUGUCACCUUAUAAAGCAUUGGUAUCGUUUAAAAGAAAGAGGGGUUACUUCGCAUUUCGUUUGAAACGAAUGAAGUAAAUUUAUUCUCGAGAGGGAUGAUUAAGAAAUUUGAUUCAAAAUAAAAAUCUAUGAAAAAACUUGACGAAUUUGUUAUGAAUAAUGACGAGCAAAAGUGGACGUGUUCCUGCAUAUUUCUGCAUUUCGAUUACGUUUCCACAUGAUCGAAAAUUGGUAUUCCAACAAAAAACGGAAUCGUACGAAAAAGAAGAAGCAAUACCAUUUUAUUUCAAUGCUUUACGAUUGUGUGUAUUUUGCGUUACGAUCGUAACUACGUUUUUGUAAGUUGUUAUUUUAGUGACGGAGCUUUGAAAUGCAGAAUACCAAAGUUGCCAAACGGAGAAAAUUUCGAUUCGAAUUGAAAUGGAGAAUAGUAGUGAUUAAUUCACAAUAGUUGAUUUUGUACGUAAAUUACCAAAAGAGGGUAUGUUUUUCGAUGCGCAUAAAAUCGCAAUUUAAUCAUCAGAUGCAGGGCACAGAUGUAUUUCCGAACAGAACAUACUUUGGUUUUCGAAUCGGGAUCAUUUUAAAGUGCUCCAGAUGAAAAUUUUGCUAUACGAUUUUCGAUGGUUUUAGAGCCAGGCGAAAAUAAGGGGAUCAAAUCGGCGCUAUAUCGAAAUGUGCUGGAUUUUUUUUUCGUUCGAUAUCGAAUACCAUAAUCUCAAAAAAGAAACAUUUUGAUAAAUUUUACUCGAUCACAAAUGAUGGGAUUGGCUCUCUAUUCUUUAGCUUAAUUUUAUUCCAUUUUUUUAUUCACACUGCCCAGCAGUUCGACAAAGAGUCAAUGCAUCCGAAAAUGACAGAAAUUUCCACUAACGUUUAACCAACUGGUUGGCUCGUAUUCGUAUUUCUUUUUGAAUGUACUCUUUGUAAACAGAGUGAAGACAGUCGUCACUUUGUAAGCGAGAUCGUAGGCAGUCAUCACUUUACUGCACCCAAGUAAACUAGUGUUUAGACACACAUAAAAAAACUUUCGAAAAUGUUCUCUAAAAUAUGAAUCGACGAUUGACUUCGUUCUGGGACAAGUACAAGUUGAAAUAGCUAAUCACCUGGAUAGUCAGAUGCCUAGAGGGGAAACCCAAGUAUUAGGUUAAAUAGCUUCUUCAGGAGUGUCUUCCUAAAUUAUUCGUUUCAAGUUUAAAUCCUACUAAUUUUAAUUACAUUUAUACAACAAUUAAUUUUAAUAUUUAUUGAAAACAAAAACUAAUAUUUAAGCCUUUUUUUAUAUUAUAAUUUAAGUUAUUUAUUUCUAUUACUUAAAAGCACCACAUUCAUUAUACAUCAAUAAAGAAAGGAGGGAUUUUGAUUUCUAUUGUUUGUUAACAAAAUAAUAAAGAAAUUGCAACUUGUUUAAUUAUUUUUCUCUAGAAAAAUUAAAACAAGAUUAUUAAAAAUAUAAGAGUAGUAAUUGUUAUAAAAAUAAAAAAAAAUUCUUGAAUAAAUCAACUAAAAACUAUAGGA